GAAGGAGCUCACUAUAUAGUCCACUAUAAAAUGCAACCCUACCUGGGGAGUAGUGACUGAACCUUUGACCCUCUCGCUCCCCUCGACUCCUCGAUGGGAUCACUGGUGGGAGGCGCAACAUGUAAAGACAGGAGCGAGGAUCAAGCACAACCGAAAGGGUAAAUAUAAAGAGAAGAUAAUGAGAUCCACCAGGCUGUGGGCGGAGCGAGGCGGCGAACGUGACGUCAUUUGCGAAUGCCCGAAACGUUGUUGACUCGACCAGCUGUUUCACUAAAUACGUCUUCCUGGAUAACUACUGAACGUACUGGUCUCGAAAUAGGACGUCACAUCACUACUUUACUGGAUAAAACAUCAUCAUCAACAACAUCGUACACUCAUGUCGGUGGCGCACGUUGAAGCUUCUAAGAGAUAGCUUAGCUCGCUAGCUGCUAAAAAAGCAACGUGGAAGUGAUCAACGCGUCGCCGAGCAGAGAUCAAGUGCGAGUGUAAAGUGUUGUCAUUAUCGUGUGAAAAUGUGUAAAGUAGACAUCCUGAGAGAGUUGCUGCAUCAGCGACUAAGUGCGGCCGUGGAAGAAAUAUUCGUCGUGUUUAAAGGAACGAUAGCAGAGUACGAGGAGGAACUUUCUCGAACAAAACAGGAGAACGAGCGACAACGUCAACUCCUGGACGCUGUUUUCAAGAAGCCCCAAGAGCAAUUCCAAGGAGCAGAUGUCAGUAAAGAUCUUCACCAAGCGCAGCAGGAGCCAGCGCUCUCCCACAUUAAAGAGGAAGAGGACCCAGAGUACCCCCAUGUUAAAGAGGAAGAAGAGGAUUAUAUCACCAAUUUGCAGUUUACCAUUGUUCCUGUAAAGAGUGAAGAGGAUGGGGACAAAGGGUCAAGGGAGGAGAACAGAAAGGCUGAACUUCCGAUCAGCACUUCCAGUCAAUACAUGCCAACAGAAGGUGAUGGAGACCACUACAGAGGAUCCCAAGCAGGCAGCCUCUUAGCUGUACUAUCAGAUAAUGAGGACACAGUGUCAAACUCUCCUGACACUGAUGAUGAACACUCUAAAGGUGAUAUGACAUGUCACGCUGACGACAAACAGUUGAAGUGUUCUCAAUGUGGGAAAACCUUUGCUGCCAGGCAUAAUUUGAAACGGCACAUGAGAACACACACAGGAGAGAAACCUUUUGCCUGCUCGGUCUGCGCCUUAUGUUUUACUGAUAGAUCAGGAUUGGUUGAACACACACGAAAACAUAGUGGGGAGAAACCUUUUGUGUGCUCGGUUUGUGGUAAAAUAUUCACACAAAAAGGAAGUUUAAUUAAGCACACAAGAACGCACACUGGCGAUAAACCUUUUACCUGCGCUGUCUGCAAUAUAAGUUUCGGGAAUCGUUCAAGUUUAAGAACACACACACGAAUACACACUGGGGAGAAACCAUUUGUGUGCUCAGUUUGCGGUAAGAGGUUCUCUGUAAAAGGAAAUUUAAGAUCACACACAAGAACACACACUGGAGAAAAACCUUUUACUUGCUCAGUCUGUAACAUAAGUUUUCGGUAUCAUACAGGAUUGAUACAACACACAAGAACACACACUGGUGAGAGACCAUUUUGCUGCUUAGUCUGUGGCCAAAGAUUUUCUCAAAAGCAGAAUUUAACAUCACAUACAAGAAUACACACUGGUGAGAGACCGUUCAGUUGCAGUGUGUGUGACAAAAAAUUCUAUGUCAAGUAUCAUGUUAAAAGACAUAAGUGUGCUGGUGAAAAGAGCAGCAGUCCGUGAAGCUGCACGACUUAAAAGUAGACUGAAGAAACUGACUAUUUAACUAACUCAUCUAGUUUUACUGGUUAUGCUGGUAACCUGAAAAAAAGUGUAUAUGUGAGCCUGAAUUUAAAAAAAACAACGUAUUCACACAGUGUUCAGUGUCUGUCUCUGGUGUCAAUGGUUUUGUACAGUGGACUGGCAGAAAAAUAGUUUAUGCAGUUUUCAAUUUCACUUUUAGCUAGCUCGCUAGUUUUCCCUAGCUUGUUCCUGAACAUCCUAAACAAUUUGCUUUCCUCUAAGGAGAACAGUUUUUAGUUUUCUUCCGGACCUGGACAAGAGCGUCAGAUAAGACGGGUAAAAAAUCCAGAUGUUGGGGGAUGAGGCACGGCAACACACUAUUUGCAUAAGUGUGGUUUUAUCAAAUGCCAGAGUGCAGAAAUAAGUCUUUCGAGAUUUAAAUGUUUCUACAGAAGCAGUUGCUCGCAGGUACGGGAUUACACAGUACUGGAGCGCGAAUAGAGAAUGCUUUAGAACCUGAUUACUUCUUUUUAUCUCUCAAGAGUCAUCAUCAUGUUGUGAGCAUUAUGCUCAACAUCAAGCAGAAGGCACCUCUUAAGUCAGCAUGAUGAAAAAGCGCUAAGUCAUGUAAAUAGCAAAAAUCACAUCAAAAGUGGACCAGGAGUCAAUGCAAGGUGGGCAUUUUAGGGGUAAUAUGAAACUUUUCUUGUUGCAACUUUUUGUACUAAUUGCAAGCUUUAAAACUAGACUAUGGGUAGACCAGUAGUACGAUAGUUAAGGCGAGCUGUAACAAAUCUAUGAACUAUGGUAUCUACGUCACUCAUGGAUAGAAUAAGCCGUGUUACCAAAAUUGCGAAGAAUAAAAAAACUCAGUUCUUGUCAUAUUGACAUGCAGUUCAAGUUACAGUUAAGUCAAAUAUAACUUUUUUUCCUGAGUCACUUGGGGUAAUGGUAUUUUAGCAAAACAGUAGUGCCCUUCAACAGGCUCUUGUGUCUGGCAGAACCAAUAAUCAGCACUUCAGGUUAAGACAGAG